AUGCGUUUUUCCUCUGCGUGUGAUGGUCCGCUAGUCUACGCCAAAACAGACAAUGACUGUCUAUCUGUAUUUGGUGUCAACAACAGCAGCUCACUCACUUCUGUAAUCCUCUGCUACAAGGAUCAUGGUAGCACUCUUGACCUACUUCUUGAAGAUAGCGGUGUAAUUGUGGAGUGCAAUGUGAAAACCAUGGACGCUCUCGAAGUGCUUGAUUUCAACUUUGCUGGCAGCCGACUUGCUAGCAAAGUCAUCAUAAGAUCGGAGUGCAUGCGAGAGAUCUUCUCUGAGCUGGACGUAACCAGCGACGUACUCGAAAUCUCCAUCGUCCCGCCCACAAUGCCACAUCCACGUCUUCGACUCACCACAUACGGCUUCGAGGGCACGACGCACUACGACUUUCCCCGCGACUCGGACCUUGUUGAGGUGUUCGAGUGCUCCAAUACAGAGCUC